AUGCUAGCCUUCAGAGAGCAGGGAAUAAGGCUAAUUGUACGAGGAUACAACACAAAGCUGACGACGGUAGAAGCCGGUAAACUUGUUACAAAUACCCAAAAAGCAGACCGCAAUGACGUUCUAAACUCAUUAAGGAACGAGCUUAACAUAAAUAAAUCUUUAGCCAAGGAUCGAGUAUCCAGCGCCAAUAAAACUGAUUUGGCUUCGCAGCUAUUCGAAAAAUAUAAUCCAGGUUACAUAAAUGUACCGAGAUCAAAGCUAGGCUCUGUAAAUCACUUCUUCAAUACGGCGAGAGUUACUUAUGAAUGGAGUGCAUCUGAAUUCAUGGAGAUACCUGGCGAAAGGCUCAAAAAAGAUUAUGAAACGCGCGCGCUGGCCGAAACAACAGAAUUUCCUAACAGCAUAAGUGCACCCCCAGAGUGCAAGAAGAGGUUUCCUGGAAAAACUGAUGGCAUACCAUUUGAGUUAUUGAACGGGUUACCUGAAGUGGUAUUCUUGGGCCGAUGCAAUGCUGGAAAGUCCACGCUCCUUAAUAACAUCACGACCGAGUACUCAACUGUGAAACUUCAGGAAUCUGCUAAAACUUCCAAAAAAGCGGGCUUUACAAAAACCAUUAAUUGCUACAACGUCGGUAGACGAUUCAGAUUAGUGGACACCCCAGGCUACGGAGUAAAAGGCACGUAUGAUCAAGGUGAAUUGAUUAUGCAGUAUUUGCGGGAAAGGCGAGAACUAAGAAGAACAUAUUUGCUGAUCUCGGCCGAGCAAGGUUUUUCGACGUCGGACUGUCAGAUUGUCGAUUUUUUAACUAAAUUUGGUAUCCCAUUUGAGAUUAUCUUCACCAAGUUAGACAAGGUCAGGGAUCUUGAUAAACUUCAUCUGGUUGUCCAGGAAAGUGGAGUAUUGGAGUUACCAACCUUACCACAGAUGCUCUUUUUGAAUUCUACAACAAACUCAAAAUUUCCGAAGCGUCUUGGGAUAGACAGACUUCGCAGCUCCAUUUUAGAAGGUUGCGGACUGCAAUCUGAUGUCAAACCAAUGAAAGUAAAAUAA